GGCAUAGUUGAUGUUUGUGUGAGUCUUUCUGUUAGUGGAAGUGCUUUUUGAAACUUUUGUAAGAUUUUUCUAUUUUCAGUAACGAUAAAUCAAUUGAUUUAAUAUUUCUUUUUUUAAAAAAAAUAUUGUCUUGUAGGAUCACAGCUGGUGUGUAUCAGGCCUAAAUAUACAUUGAGCUGGUGUGUAUCAGGCCUAAGUACAUUUUGCACUUCAAAUUCAUUGCGCUAUAUAGUUCACUGCAUUAGCUGUAAUUAUGACAUUUUUUAUUAUUAUUAUUAAAAGGCUUCUUAUUAUAUUUUGAUCAUGCCCACAUGUGAACUCUGCGAUGGAGAGUCUUUUUAUGACCAGAAUGGGAAAUUUUACUGUGCGAAUUGUGGAACUCAGUCACAGGACAUGCAAGUAGAGGUGCAACAAGAAAUAGAUAUGGAUGUUACUCAAGUGAGAAAACUUCAAGUGAGAGACAGAGGUAAAAGAAAGGGAAGAAAGCGCAAAUCGUAUGAUAUCGGGAAGCCUUGGGUGUCUUAUGAAGGUUUCCAAUGCUUAAUUAAGGCACAGGUGAAAGCACUGAUUGAUAUGGGUUUUGAUGAAAAACUGCAGAAUGUUGUCGGUCAAAUUUGGUUUCGAUACCUUCAAGAGAUUGAAGUGGCCUUCUGCGAGAACGAACCCACUACGAUAUCGCUAAAUGCGAAAAAGAUGACAGGCCGCAGUAAAAAUCUUGGUACGUUGCCUCCAAGCGUUCAGAAGAAAAGAAACCCAAAGAUGGCCAUGCUACCUGAUCUUCACGAAGAUGAGCAGAUGCUGUUGAAAGAGGAGGAGUUUUAUGAAGAGGACAUGCCGACAUUUUUAAAAGUGGAAGAAGACGACGACAUUACCAUGGAAGCAGACAUCAGACGUAGACUUUCAGAUAACAAUCAAAGUAGCAGUAGCGAAGACGAGGUUAAGCCGAAAACGCCAGAUGUUGUCGGUUCUUGUGGUUCGUUUAAAGUACAACAAAAUCGAGAUAUGCCGCUGUUUAUGACCAUGACACAACCCCAUACUUUAUGUUUCGUUUACCUGGGACUAGUGUAUCUAGAAGAGCCAGUUUUAUUAAAUGACUUAAUAAGAUGGGCGAGAGAAGGGAGUCUGCCUUAUCACAAAGCAUCCGUAGUGUUUCCUUCAGAAAUGAAAUUUGCUGGCACUGAUCGUAAGAUUUUCAACAAACAAGCAUGUCCUGGUGUUAAAUCUUCCUACGACCUCACCCGCAAGAUUGCGAGCUGCCUCAAUCUAGAUUUAACAUACACUCAAGAAAAUUGUAAACUGUUACUGGUAUCAUUGACGGUGGAUUUAGAUUUUUCAGAAGGCGUGCAAAGAAUUUCAGGUUACUUGCUUGAUGUUUUAAAGCUACCAGAUCAAUCAAGCGAACUUACGACUGAACCCGUGGACGCGCAGCUUAUGGCUAUUAUUGUGAUCGCUGCAAAGUUGAUUUAUUAUUUGGAUGGCUGCAAAGAAUUCGAAGACAAAAUACGAACCACUUUACUUGAAAAACUCGAUAUACCAACUGUUGAACCAUGGAAGGGUUGGGUUACACGGACGAUGAUGAAGGCGAAAAUGAAAUUGCAUAAUGGCAUCCCUCAUUACGAGGAGGACUUGAACUAUAUUAACGACAUUUCUGUUUAUGCUGAUUACGUCACUAAAGAUGUUUUUAAAAGUUUUGCUUCCCGACCUACUUCAAGACCUUAUCAUUUUCAUUACCCGAGUUUUCGCAAAGGAUUUAACGAACAAGCGAUCGAGCAGUAUUACAAUACGUUUAGUAGCCUUGCUGAAUCGUUAAACGAACAUGUAAAACUGGAAGACAUCAAACGGGUGCCCUCUAGUUUCCCCUUGUCUAUAUCACAUGUUGGAGAAAUAAUCUCCGUUUCGACGGCUGGUUUAAAUCAAUGCGACAUUGUAACGAAUAGUAGCGCUAAAAUUGGAGAUGUGAAUAAAAUGCAGAAUGAUGCAAUAGAUAAAACACCGAACAUAGAUGAUGAUAAAAUCAAAGAUAAAAAUGUUGAUAUAAAGCGGAAUGAUAUAACAGACAAAACACUGAACACACUUGAUAACGAAGUAACGGACGAAAAAGUUAAGAGAAUCCAGAAUCAAAACAUUCAAGACGAAACAUCACAAAUGUUGGAGGACCUUCCAUCAUUAAGCCAAUGUAACGAUGGUGAAUCACGUGAUCAUUAUGAAGGCUACGUGUUGUAUCCUGAUUGGUCGAAUCAACAAGAAUGGCACGAUUCUUACAAGUAUUUAAUGAAAAUCUUAUCUCGUCGUGUAGAACUAAGUGAAAUUGAACUUCAGAGCUGUGUUAGAACUUUAGAACUAAAGAUUUUUAAUGCAGAGAUAAAACGUCAACUAAAUGAAUUAAUUUCAUUAUAACUUGUAUAUAAAUACCGUACUUUAUAAUUCUGAAAACACUCACUUUUCUUUGCUAAA